CCGGAGUUUGCGUUGCAGCGAGCCACUUGGUGAAAGAUGGCGAAGGCGAUGAUCAGCCAUAGCCGGGUGCUUGCUCCAUGCCUGCACGACGCGGAGCCGGUGCUCACCCUCUCUCCUCCUUCCUCUCCUUCUCCCUCUCCUUCUCCUCCUUUUUCUUCCUCGUUCCUCCCAACGUCCUCAGGCUCUCAUAGGCGGCGAUCAUUUUCGAUCGACGGCCCGCAGCGUAUACCCUGCGAAAACGGCGGGAUAAGAUGCGGAAGAAAUGGCGGGAAAGUCGCAGCAGGAGCUCGUAUCGUCGCCAAGGGCUUAUGUUGGCGGCAUGUUUCAAGUUUCGCGCGCUUUGGCAGCUCGCAUAGCGACCUCAUGGCCUGGCAAUGGCCACAAAGGAGGAGGGGAAGGAAGUGCGAACGCGCGGAGAAGGAGGAGGCAGAGGAGGAGGAGGGGGGGGGGAGGUAUGGUGCAACUGCACGUGGAGGUGGUUUUGGGCGUACUACCCGUCCUGCUAGAGCCUCGGCUUCUCCCUCGUCAGCGUCAGCGACAGCGACGACUGCUACGGAGUUCAAUAGCCGUCAGAUGCUCGUCUUCGUCCCUCCUCAUCCGCUGAUCAAACACUGGAUUGCAGUCCUAAGGAACGAGGCUACCCCUCCAACGAUAUUUAGGGGGGCUUUAGCGGAACUUGGCCGUCUUCUGGUCUACGAGGCCACACGUGAUUGGAUGCCUUUGGUUGACAUGCAGAUUCAGACCCCUCUAGGCGAAGCUGACGUGUCGUUCGUCGACCCCAGCCAGCCAAUCAAGCUGGUACCCAUCUUGAGAGCUGGGGUAGUGAUGCUGGAGGAAGCAAGCUCUCUGCUGCCAGCUUCGCAGACCUAUCACGUGGGUUACAAUCGGGAUGACCAAUCAUUACUCCCCUCGUUGUAUUUGAACAGACUGCCUGAGACGUUCCCAGAAGAUUCCCGAGUCAUGGUCGUAGAUCCGCUGAUCGCCACCGGGGGAACGCUAGAGGCCACGAUUGAAGAACUGCGAGCGCGAGGAGUAGACACAAGGCUGAUGAGAGUAAUUACUGCAGUAUGCUGCCCGACUGGCCUGCAGAAAUUGACUAAGUAUGAAGGGCUUCGAAUUUACGCGGGAAUCAUUGACCCAGAGCUCAAUUCCAGAGGAAUGAUUGUGCCAGGCAUUGGUGACGCUGGAGAUAGAAGUUUUGGGACAUGAAUAGCUUAUUGAAUUCUUUUUCUCUCUGUCUGAAGUGUCUUUUCUUUUCUUUUCUUUUCUUUUCUUUUCUUUUUUAAAAGAGACACCUGCACGGUCUCUUUCUCUUUCUCUCUCUCUCUCUCUCUCUCUCUCUCUCUCUCUCUCUCUCUCUCUCUCUCUCUCUCUCUCUCUCUCUCUGUGUGUGUGUGUGUGUGUGUGNUUUUGCAUUUUUCUUUUUCUUUAGCUGCUUUCUCUUUUUUUAAUAUCCAACCCUCGUUUCUAAUUCGCUUCCUCUCUCUCUCUCUCAUCCGUUUUUUUUCCCCUUUCUCUUUUACAGUCUUUUUCUC